UUCCUCUCUCUUCUUGCUUUUUUUUUUUUUUUGGUUCGUUGAUGUGACCGUUUUCCACAACAACAGCAACCAACACACGCUCAGUGUCAGAUCACUGCCAGCUCCCGCGAAGCAAGAUGCGCCUGGUUGGUAGGCGUGUGCAUGCCGGUGUUCAGCACCAACAGCAGCAGGCUGGUCUUUCACAGCAACAACAACAGCAACAAGUGCAUGAAGGAGACGUGUUCGAGGUGCAAGAUGACGACCAUCCUUCGUUUGGGUUUUCUCUAACUGGAGCGUCGCACUCAAAGGAGUGGUCGCUGGUGACGGAUGACAGUGGGUCAGGCCGUGAAGCAAGCACGCGAUGCACCCGCUUUGCCUUCUCCUCCUCAACAGCAUCGGUCGCUGCUUGUGGUGGCAUGGAGACACGCGUGCUUGUCAAGGGAUGCAGUGUUGUCGUUGAGCGGUUUCAGGCUUCCACGUGCGAUGGUGCCCGAACAGCAACUACCCAAGACGCAGGACACAGCCAGUCCCCAGAGGCGGUGCAGUUUCGGUCCUAUACCUUGGAGACAGAGCCCAUCGAUGUGCUAUGGGCAACGUUUCCCACAGACCCAAACAGCAGCGAGAAUGGUGGGAGCGACGGCGACAGUGGCACAGACGACGCCCCCGCCAACACGACGCUGUUCACGGACCCAACGUCCACAGCACCGGCAAAGCGGCAGAGCCGUGCCUGGCUGGUCGAGUGCCUGUGUGUUGUGGAGCUCUCCCACAUUCUGGUCGUUGCGGCGACCGGGGACGUCUUCACGGUGCGCCUGCCGUUUGCAGUGCAGAGCGUGCACGCGUUUUCCACGGGCCUGCUCAUCACCCGCAAGCCGCUGCUGGGCAUGUCGGAGGCAGAUCUGUCCUUCAGCACCCUCCAAGCACACGACGACAGCCUUGUGUCUGACGACGGCCGGCCCGUCCUCUACACCCUGAGUCACCCGCUGGAGGAGCUGCGCCCGUUGCUCAUCCGCGACUGCCUGAGCGCGGUGCGAAGGAGGGCGUCGCCAGACAACAAUGAGGUUGAGCUCGCGUAUCGUGGCGGCAUCCGCCCGCUCGCCAUCUUCACCCUCGACAGCGGCGACACGGACCACGUUGCUGCGGAUGACACGGCCCAUCAAACCGAGGACGUGCUCAUGGUGUAUGAUGCGGUUGCUGGAUGCGUGCGUAUGGCCUCGCUGCAGCAGCGCGAUGACACCCACCGCUUCCAGCAGCUGCUCGCUGCUGCUGUGACCAGCGCCGAGCCACGCAUUCGCAUCCGCACGCCCUACAAUGCCCGCAGUGCCUCCGCCAUCAGCCUUGGCGCCAACACAAGCACCAUGUCUGCACGUGCUCCUCUACCACCAGCACCAGCAGCAGCACCAGCGGCAACGACACGUGGGAGCGGCCAGCGUGGGCGCCGCAGUCUUCCCCACAACAUGGCUGGCCUCGCCACUGCCAGCACGCCUCUUAACAGCAGCAACACUGCAAACGACAACACCGCCACCGCCACCAUUAGCAACAGCAACAGCAACAUCAGCGCCAGUGGCAUGGUCCCUCCGUUUUCCCAGCCCCGCCCUCAUCACCGCCACGCACCACCACAGCUCCCAUCUCACCACCUGCACCAUCACAAUGCUUCUUUCGAACGGUCAUUCCUCUCAACCAUCAUGCCCCCUGCCACCACCACCGCCGCCACCGCCACAGCGGCUGCAAACACAAGCACAGACACGCCCGUGCGUCGGCGCUCAACAACGUUUGUUCUCACAACACCGACGAGUGAGGGCUAUCGCCGCGCCGCCUCUGCAACACCAACCACAUGGCAACAGCACCACAGCCAGCAGCAGCUGCAUUCCACGCCAGGGGAUGCGGGAUCAGCCUCUCGCGGGUACAGACUGUCACGGUCGUUGACAGCGACACCAACCCCUGCGCGCAUUGGGCACGCCGCUGUGCUGGCCACGCCCCGAACAGCAGCUGCCAUCAACAGCGGAAUGUCACCGAUGGAUCUGGACAAGCUGUACCCGCGCCACACGCUCGAGCUGCAGUGUUGUGUCAUGACACACACACCCUUACCUCAUGGCGUGCCCUCCAACGUGUUCCUGACAGGUCAGCCCGGGCACGGGAUGUGUGCAACGCUGUGCUACGAUCAGUCGUCACACGUGACCAUGCUGUCGGUGCUUCCGCCGUGCAUGCAGCGCGACGCUGGUGCCAAUGGUGGAGUGCGUGGUGUGCACAUCCCACGCGAGCUGGCUGGCCGGUGGAUAUGUGCGAGUGCUCCAAACGGCGGUGCGUCGCCACCAACGUGCACGACACCAUCAACUGCAGUGGCAGCACAGCAGCAGGAUGAGCGGCGGGCAAAGGGGAAGGCGGGCGGUGAGGAGUUGAAGAGCAGUGGCGCUGAUCAGGGUGCUGGUGACAAUACUGCACAGAAGAUGGGGAAGAGUCAUCAUGGCGCGCGUGUGUUGAAUGCGCGUGCUGCAUUUCCAAUCUCUUUUGUAUCACCGCCACCGCCACCAUCGGCUGCAACAGCGCGCAGAGCAGUGCAGGGAGACGUGCUCGUGCACACACUGGAUGGCGGUUUGGAUGUGUACGUGGACCGGAAACGUGUGGGUGCUCUGGCCCUGUGCACAGGCGACAAUAGCCAGGGGCCACUUCGUGUUGCUUCCAUCUCACACGUCACCACAUCCCGCUUCAGCGCAACAACCCCCACGGGUGAAACGUACCGGUUUUCUGGUGCAUUUGAAACGCUGGACGAGCGCUCGCAACACAUGGUUCGCUCCAUGCACACGCUGUGCACGCUGGGGACAGCGGCCCAACAUGGACAAAGCGGUGGCGGCGAUGUUGACGGUGUUGAUGGUGUGAGCGAUGAAUUGCUGCCGCUCGUUCGUGUGUUCGCGGGCACGUUUCCUGAGUUUGUGCAGCUGCUCCUUGCAGAGAGGAAUGCAUCUGGGUGGACAGCUGUGUGCGAUGCGCUGCUGCUCUUCGUCGGGCACGCCCCUGCCAUCGAAGAAGUCGGGGAUGGCGGCGAGGAAGAGGAGGAGGAGAUUGUGUUGCCCGUCGAUCCGUCAACAGCAGCGGCAGCAGCCACAGCAACGGCCACGCACAGCCGCCAUGGUGAUGAUGAAGAAGAAGAAGAAGAAGAAGAAAAACAGAAGCACGGUUGGGAUGAUGAUGGUGGUGCGACGAUGGACUGGGAUGCAGCGCUGGCUGGCCUGUCGUUCGCUGACGUCAUGAUGAGCGACGGAAAGACUGCGGCGGUGGACGUUGCUUCCGCUUCUCCUGCCGCAAGACAGCGUGUCCGGAAGCUCGUUCCCAUCUGCGUUGAGCGGGCAAUUGGUGUGAUGCACGUCCUGCACUCGCUGUUUCUGGAGUCGCAGUUGUCGUCGUCCACGCAGCACGCCGCUGUCCACUAUGGGACCAUCCUCAUCAGGCUGGCUGCAUCCAUUGGCUGGCGCCACGCAAUGGCAUUCUACGCCCUGCGAUGUCCAGCACUCAUGCCCGAACUGCGCAGCGCACAGCGCGAAUUCAGCGCUUUCGUCAACCAGGCCCCUCGAACAGCCUCUUUUGCACAUCCCGCUGGCUUUUCUCCACGCCGCCUCUUCUGUGCACUCGAGUGGUCGUCGUCGUUGCUGCCUGAGGACACUUCACCAUCUCCACCCAUGUCCGUCUUUGCAUCCAUCACACCGCGCCUACACGCUGUUCUUGCAGCGCUUUCCAAACUACAGCGCACACACGCGCCAGUGGUGGCCGAAGGGAAGACGGCCACAGUUGGUCAUGACAGUGGCAGCCGGGAUGGCCACAGAGGCGUCGAUGAUGGUGAUGGUGGCGAUGAUGGCCAGGAAGCGACCACGGUGGCGAUGGGCAGGAAGCGAGCAGCGUUUGUGAGGAGAGCGCAAGCGGUGAUUGAAACCCUUGCGCGUCACGGCGUUACUGAAGACAUUCUCCUCGACCUCCAGCCAGGGCUUCGCUUCCCCUUGCAACUGUGCCUGCAGGCAUGCGUGACGCAACCGCCUGAACUGUGGUCACCAGAAGCAUACAACCUCGUGCAGAGAGAUGACUUGGCGCUGCAAAACAAACGCAUGCCAUGCUUGGAAGAGGAUACCGAGCACGCAUCCCUGCCCGCCCUCGCUGCUAUGUAUCCAAGAGAUGCGGAAGUGGCCGGUGGCAGUGUCAAAUCAUCGAAGCUGCAGCCCAACACGCUCCUCAGCGAUCUCAGAUUCCCGUGCGAUCGCCGCGUGCAGGAGGCAUGCCGCUUGCUCGACAGCAGUGUUGUGUGCACAGUCCACAUGACGCAAGAAAUGGGCACUUCAGAUCACGACUUUCUCGUGGAGCAGAAACGGCGGCUGCUGUUUCUGUCGAACCGGACGUUUGCGCUGGCGGUUGGCCGCGGCAUGCUUACGCUCGCCUCUCUUCGCCCCAUCCCAACACAGGCCAUCGAGAUCUUGCCGCUCGUCCUAUCCGGCCAAUUUCCCGCCCAGAAGACAACGCUGGCGCCAGACUUUAGCGAAGUGGAGUCGACUCACAUGCACUGGCCACACUUCCACAACGGCGUGGCGGCGGGACUGCAGCUGGCACCGCCGCCGUUGGUGCAUGUUGGUGCAUCGUGGAUCCCGCACCACGAAGUCGCGUGUGCGUCGUCGAUGGAGGAGUAUGCAGGAUUCCUGUUUGGUCUUGGGCUUCAGGGGCACCUGCCCUCGCUCUCAAACCACGACGUAUCGAAAUACCUCAACGACGGGCACGAGCUUGUGUGCAUUGCGCUGCUGUUGGGCAUGGCGGCAGCGCGCCCAGGAACGAUGGACACUCGCACAUCCAAAAUGCUCGCAAUUCAUCUCGAGGAUUUUCUCCCGCCGACAUCACACGGCGAAGAGGUCACAGCCAAGAUCACGAUCAACACGCAGACGGCUGCGCUGGUAGGGAUGGGCCUGCUGUACCGUGGCACGUGCCAUCGCCGCAUUGCAGAGGUGAUGCUGGCGGUGAUGGGGCGGCCGCCGUGUGUUGGUCUCGCUGGCCCCCUCGAUCGCGAGAGCUUUGCACUCGGCGCCGGGUUUGCACUCGGGCUGAUUGUCCUUGGAAAGGGCGGACAUGCGAUUGGGCUUGAGGAUUUGGCACUGGAGGACGUGCUGUAUCACUACAUCAAGGGCGCACGCAAGCGAUCGCCAGACACGAGCCAGACGGGCGAGCGCGUAUUGGAGAACGACAUGAUCAACACGCACGUCACCGCCCCAGCAGCCGUUGUCGCUCUCGGCUUAAUGUACAUGAAAACGAACAACGAGGCUGUGGCUGCUCGCCUUGCACUUCCAGACACGCAGUUCCUGCUGGACACUGUUCGGCCGGAUGUGCUGCUACUGCUUGUGAUGUCGCGGUCCCUCAUCCUGUGGGACGACAUUGAGCCCACGCGCGAGUGGAUUGACAGCCAGUGCCCACCGGUUGUUCAGCGUUACGCCAUUGAGAACCGCGACGUGCAUCGUGUUGAUGAGGAUGUGCUUGAGACGGCACGGCAGGCGCAAGUGUUUAUUCUCGCGGGCGCAUGUCUUGCACUUGGGCUGAGGUUUGCUGGGACAGCGCACCAGGGCGCCGUUGAUGCAAUCAUGUCCGUGGUUGAGUUGUACCGGAAGAAAAUUCCACCACUGGAAGCACGUCGCAUCAACCCAAUCAACGUGGCCACGUGUCUCCACACCGCUCUCCUCGCAGCUUCCAUGGUGAUGGCUGGCACGGGCUACAUCCCCGUCCUGCGCAUCAUUCGCGCCCUCAGGACAGAGUCAGCAGUUAAGACGAGCUACGGCCACCACAUGGCGAUGCACAUGGCUGCAGGCCUUCUCUUCCUCGGCGGCGGAACCAUGACGCUUUCACGAUCGAACGAAGCAAUUGCUGCGCUGCUGAUGGCGUUCUUCCCAAAGUUUCCGCUGCACACGGCCGACAACCAAUACCACUUGCAGGCGCUGAGACAUCUGCAUGCGAUGGCGGCUGUGCCGCGCAUGCUGGCGGCGAAGGAAGUCGGCAGCAAAGCGCUCGUGCACGUGCCCGUCGUCGUCAAGAUUGCACACGAUGCUGAUGAUGACGGUGAUGAUGGCAGCAGCGCCAACCCGAGCCGGCGCGGUGUGGGCGCGAAGGCCAAUGACGCAGGGGGCGGCAGUGGUGGUGUGAGCACAUUGCAUCUCGUCACGCCAUGUCUGCUGCCCACGAGCUUGGACCGCAUCAUUUCCAUCGAAACCGUUGGUCACCGCUACUUUCAAAACACCAUCCGACCAAUGACCAACGGGUUGCAGCGGCGUGUCCUGAUGCGUCACAUGACCCUUCACGUGAAACUCAGACCUGGACGUGUUCCGUAUCGUGCCAACACUCUGCUUGUUGAGGAUCUUGUGCGGCAGUGCGAGCGCGCGCUUGGAGUGACGACACCAAAGACCAUUCGACCGGUGACCACAAGCGGUGAUUUCUCGGCCAUUCUCUCCAGCGAGCAGCACGCCACGUCCGAGAUCACUGAUCAGGAGCUUGCUGUAGUGCACACGCGUGAGGCAGCGAGCGCACGCAACGACGUCACCGCAACGUUCCUUCCACAAGCGCACGACCCGCCACUACCGCUGCACGUCGCCUGCUUUGGGCGGCCGGACUGCUCGGAGCCGUUCAUCAACCUCAUCGCUGCCGAGCAACAACACGCCAUUGGCGUGCCGGCCACGCUUGCGUUUCUCCAUCGCACAUCUCUCGCAGCAGGGGAGUGGCUCACCAGCGGGUGCUGUUCCGCUGCUGUCGCCGAUGACUUUGAACAACUGAGUGCCGUCCUUGCACACACGCAGGAGAUGGCAGCACUAACGGCUGUGACGGGUGCCAGCGAUGGCGGUGGCGGUGUGUUGUCACUCUCACCGCAGAUCCAAGGCAUGCUGGUUGCAGUGAGAGAUGACAUAUGCACACGUCUUGCGCGUCGCAUUUGCAGCGCCAGUCGCGGUGAUGGCGGUGUGUGGAAGCAGCUUCCGUCUGCCGUGCGCACGUGUGUGUUUGGUGAUGAUUUGGAGGUGGAUGAGUUGUCCGCUCUUGACGCCGCCGUUCUGAACGCGGCGCGGGCUGUGCUGGCGCUGCUGUCGUUGCGUCAUGGAAGCUUGCGUCACCUCGAUCGCAUUGCACUCCAGUCGCUCAAGCCCAGAAUCGACACGCAAGCGCCCAAGACAGACGACAGCAGCGGUGGACUUGGUGGCGUUGAUGGCGCUGACGUCGAUGUUGAGACUCUCGUGUUGUUGGCAGACGCGCACCCGUCGGCAUCAAUUGCGCAACUGCAGACGCUCGCUGCCAUCCUCGUCCUCUAGAUGCACGUGAUGGUGGCGGUUGUGGAAUUGUGUACAAUGCUUGUUUAAGU